ACUCGAGAGGGUUUAAGGAUUUUUCGCAGUCUUGGGGAAGCAAAAACUUCCCAAAAUGUCUAUAACUCGAAUUUUUUCGACUCUUCUCAGAGGAACUCAUCGGACCUCACGUUCCUUUUCUUCUUCGCGGGCUCCUUGGAUCGCCACCGCUUUUGCUAAUUCACUCUCCGGGAAACCGAGGAUUUCGUAUCGAAAUGAUUCUCGAGGUCACUUGGAUCCUCGGCAUUGGAUGAUUUUGGCAGGACAAGCUGCAAUCCUUGGGUUUUGUGGGAACGUUGUAUUGGCAGAUGGUGAGCCUAUUAAGUCGAAACCUGGAGGUAGUAUUGAUGAGAGUGGCGAUAAUGGGCUCGAAAGAAUUGAGGACAGUUCGGUUGUAUCUAAUAUACACACAUCUAAGUGGAGGGUGUUUACUGAUAGUGGAAGAGAUCAUUUCUUUCAGGGGAAACUAGAGCCGGCCGAGAGGCUAUUCGGUUCGGCAAUACAGGAAGCUAAGGAAGGUUUUGGAGAGAGGGAUCCACAUGUUGCAUCUGCAUGCAACAAUCUGGCAGAGUUAUAUAGAGUUAAGAAAGAAUUCGACAAAGCAGAGCCCUUGUACCUGGAGGCUGUUAGUAUAUUGGAGGAGUCCUACGGUCCUGAAGAUGUGCGUGUUGGUGCUACUCUACACAACCUUGGACAACUCUAUCUUGUCCAGCGAAAACUUGAGGAAGCUCGUGCGUGCUACGAGCGUGCUUUAAAGAUGAAAAGACGAGUCCUGGGACAAAAUCAUCCAGAUUAUGCAGAGACAAUGUAUCAUCUUGGAACGGUAUUACAUCUGCAAGGAAAAGAAACAGAUGCGGAGGCUCUUAUUCUGGAUUCUCUUAAAAUACUAGAGGAAGGUGGUCAAGGAGAGUCCAUGACAUAUAUCAGGAGACUGAGAUAUCUUUCUCAGAUAUAUGUACGAUCGAAUCGUCUGGCUGAGGCUGAAAGCAUACACAGGAAAAUAUUGCACAUGAUGGAAUUAUCAAAGGGAUGGAACUCAAUGGAGGCAGUAACUGCAGCUGAAGCAUUAGCGCUUACUCUACAAUUAUCUGGGAAGCUGAAAGAAGCUCUAGAACUUUUUGAAAAGUGUCUCGAAACUCAAAAAACUUUACUUCCAGAAGGACACAUCCAGAUAGGUGGAAACUUGCUGCACAUCGCAAAGACGUUUAUGCUUCAGGCUAGUCAAUUGAGAAGAACUGAUAACAGUGAAGCUCUAUCUAAACUAGAAAAAGCAAAGAAUUAUCUUGAAAAUUCAGCUAGGAUAGCAAAAGACGUUCUGCUUAAGCUAAAAAACCAAAAGAGCAAAGAGCAGAAAUCCAGCGGGACUCUAAGGAAUUAUGAACACGCAGCUUUAGUCAUACUGCUGCAAUCUCUUGAGAGUCUUGCAGUUUUGGAGAUGAGCAAGAAUGAGAUUGAGGAGUCAAAGGAAAAGCAUCCGCAUGCAGCUGAAGAUGCACUUGCCCAAUGUCUUUCAGCUUUUAAAGAGUUUGGUUGUGGAACUCAGCUACAAGAUUCUGCAGAAGUAAAAACUGAAUACCUCUCGUGUCUUAAGCAUCUCUCGGCUUUAUUAGACAACAAAGAGGCAACGCUUAACUCCAAGGCAAGUCCUAUUUCUUUACAAGAGCUGAAGGAAGAAGUUAGGCGUAUUGACAUCGAUCUCCGUUCGCAUAAGAAAGGCUAAAAAGGUUAUGAAAAAGAAAUGGUUUUUUUUUUUCUUUCUCAUAUUGAAUAAAGGAUUAUAUAGAGAUCCAAUUGUCGACCAAUAAUCAUUUUUUUUUCCAGUUUAGACUAGUAAUAUGAUUUAUGGUGAUGACGUA